AUGAACACCGCAAGACUCAUGAGACUGCAGCCCUUGCGGGCAGCUGCUUUCAAGCAGCCAGCUCUCCGACAGCCCGUCCUCCGCCAGGCCCCUCUCAGACAAGCCAGACCAUUCCACAACUCCCGGGCCAUGUUCAGAACAAAGGAGGAUGACCAAAGUGCGCACACCAUUACCCAAAGGCUUCGCAGCCUCAAGAGGAUUCCCCCAGAGCUGAUCCCUCUCGGCGUCGUCAUCUGUUUCGCCGUCUUCGCCGCUUGCUUUGCUAUGACCAGAAAGCUGCUUACCGACAAGACUCUCCGCCUGCACAAGUCGGCUCCGAAACAACAUUAG